CUAGGUAGAACAAAGCCUGGCUUCGCCCUGGGGCAGGUGAGAGCCAGAGCUCUGCCCAGGGUCAGGCAAAUAUCCUCAAUUUACUUGGAAUAACUGAGUUCCCUGCCACCCACUGUGCGUGCUGCCACUUGGCCUGGUUGUGCUCCCUGGAGCGGGGAUGAGAGCUGGCUCAGGGGAGCCAGGAGGGCAGUUCCAGCUGAAGGGGCCUCUUGCAGUUUGCUCAGAAGCAUCAUGUGCGUCACUCAGCCAAUUCUGUGCCCAGCCAGCAGCACAGAAGUGAACCCAUCCCCAUGAUGGGUGCUAUAAAAGGGCAGCAAAUGCCCUGUGGGGUGCACAGAGCUGCCUCAGAGACAGGAGGGGAUGGGGCUCUCCCAUUGCAAGAUGGGCUCUGUCCCAUUUUGCACCCUCUGUUGCUUUAUUAGCAUAGCAGCAGCCAAUAUAUUUGAGUAUCAGACUGACUCCCAGCCGUUGCGUCCAUGUGAGCUUCAGAGAGAAGAGGCUUUUGCAGCAGGAGAAGCCUAUGUUCCUCAGUGCUCAGAGGAUGGCCAGUUCAGGACAGUGCAGUGCAGUAGGAAUGGUCUUUCCUGUUGGUGUGUAGAUGAGAAUGGUGUUGAGGUUCCUGGCAGCAAGCAGAAUGGAUAUCCCAUAUCUUGCUUGUCCUUUUGCCAGCUGCAAAGGCAGAGGAUCUUGGUGAGCCGAUACAUCAACAGCAGCAGCAUCUCCUACAUCCCUCAGUGCCUGGAUUCAGGGGCUUUCGAUGAGGUGCAGUGUGACAUGGAGCUGGGGCAGUGCUGGUGUGUAGAUCCAGAGGGAAUGGAGAUUUAUGGCACCAGACAAAGAGGAAAGCCAGCACAGUGCCCAGGGAACUGCGAGAUCCGAGAUCGUCGCAUCCUGCACGGGUUUGGGGAGAAGAGCCCACCACAGUGCUCAGCAGAUGGAGAGUUCCUGCCUGUCCAGUGCAAGUUUGUCAACACAACGGACAUGAGUGUUUUUGAUCUUGUUCAUAGUUACAAUAGGCUCCCAAGGGCUUUCCAAAAAUUCAGCUCGGUGAGGGAAGCGUUCCCGGAGAUCUCUGGGUACUGUUACUGUGUGGACAGCCUGGGCAGGGAGUUAGCAGACACAGGCCUGGAGCUGCUGCUUGAUGAAGUUUACGAUACAAUUUUCUCGGAGCCAGAGCCUGCCCGCACAUUCACGGAGAGCAGCAUCCAUCGGAUCCUGCAGAGGCGAUUCCUGGGGGUCCAGCUGGCUACCUCUGGCAGGUUCAGGUGCCCGUCGAGGUGCGAGGCCGAGCGCGCGGCAGCCCGGCGCUUCCAGCAGCCCGUGGCGCCGUCCUGCGCGGCCGGCGGCGGCCACGCGGCCCUGCAGUGCCACCCGCGGGGACAGUGCUGGUGCGUGGACGCCCAGGGCCGCGAGGCGCCGGGCACGAGGAGGCGAGGCCAGCCCCCGGCCUGUGGUGAGGAGCAAUCGUGCAUCUCCGAGCGGCGACGGGCCUUGUCGAGGCUCCUUUAUGGCCCUGCUGGCUACUUCAGUCAGUCCAGCUUGUUUUCCACACCAGAUAAGCAGUCAGACAAAACUGAUGGCUUUUCAAGGCCCUGCCCUCCCUCUUUCAAGGAGCUGUUUCUGGACUCUGGAUUGUCAUCCCCACUUGCACAAAGCCCGUUUGCCAGCCAGACUCCUGAGCUAGAAACCAUCCUUAGUGAAGCCAUCACAGGGAUGUUCCCGUCCAGGGAACUGGCUAGAGUGGCACUGCAAUUUACUGCCAAUCCAAAGCGCUUCCAAGAAAACCUCUUUGGAGGAAGGUUUUUGAAGAAUUUGAUCCAGUUUAACUUCACAGGGGUCCUUGGCACUAAUGGGAAGUACAGCAUUGGCCAGUUUUUCCCACAGGAGGAUCUGUCAGAGAUAGGCAAUGGCCCUCUGGAAUCAGCUGAGGCAUUUUCACUGGAGGCAUCAAAGGGGAGCUCCAUUUUGAGUAAACCUCUUGUGAGCAGCUAUGGCCACACAGUAACUCUGCAAGACAAUCAGAAUCUGAUGAAAUUCCUUUCUUAUGUCCUGGAACUACCAGAGUUCUUUACUUUUCUUCAACAAGUAAUUUCUGUCCCUGAAAGUGUUGCUGAAGAUUUAGGUGAAGUGGUGAAACUAGCUCUGGGAUCCGGAGGCUGUGGUGAGGAGCCAAGGGACCUGUUUGUUCCAACAUGCACCAAGGAGGGGAGGUAUGAGGAGGUUCAGUGCUAUGCAGGAGAGUGCUGGUGUUUGGACACUUCAGGUAAGGAGGUUCCAGGCUCAAGGCGUCGAGGCAAACGCCCGAAGUGUCCCACUGAGUGUGAGAAGCAAAGGAGAAACCUGAAAAACCUGAAGCAAAGCCUGCCUGCGGGAUCAGAUCUCUUUAUUCCCUCUUGUACUGAGGAUGGAGACUUUCUGCCGCUCCAGUGUUAUGGAACAAAUUGCUUCUGUGUUGAUUUGAAUGGCAAGACUAUUCCAGGAAUAAGGGGGGAAGCUGGAAAUCCAAUGAAAUGCCCAAGUGCUUGCCAAGUAGCAGCUGGCCAGGAGUUCCUCAGGGCUGUGAAGCUGCUGUUGUCAGAUCCAAGUGCUGUGCCUGAGCUGUCCAGCCUUCACCUCCCUCAGUGUGAUGCUGGGGGUGGCUGGAGGCAGGUGCAGUGCAGUGGCCCUCCCGAGCAAGCCUUCCAGUGGUACGAAAGGUGGAUUGCAGAGAACAACCAGGGCAAGCCCCUGCCUGUUCCUGAUCUUGUGAACAUCAUAGCUGGGUAUAAAGAGGCAUCCUCUGGAGACUUUUCAGCUUUUGUUAAAGCUUUGUACGAGGCUGGGCACCAGAAUGUCUUCCCCAUAUUCUCCAUGUAUUCGUCCUUCACCGAUCUCCCACCUCAGGUGCUGAAAGGAAACAUGACCAGUGCAUCUGAGAACAUUUUGCUGGACCCAUAUACAUUCUGGCAGCUUCUGACUGACCAGCUCAGCUACUACCCUGGACCCUAUACUGAUUUCAGUGCUCCUCUAGGCCACUUUGAACUUCGUGAUUGUUGGUGUGUUGACAGCAAAGGACGAGAGCUGGAAGGAACAAAGGCAGGAGUGAACCAGGUUCCAGCAUGCCCUGGUAUAUGUGAAGGUGUGAAGCAGGAAGCCAUGAAAUUCAUGGAGGAGGCAGAGCAGCUCAUCCUGGCCUCAAAUGGGUCCCAGUUUGCCUUUGGAGAAAGCUUCCUGCUGGCGAAGGGGAUAGAGCUGACGGACAGGGACCUGCUGCGCUCCGCGGGGCCGUACGGGCUGCAGGCAGCGAUCUCCCAGGAGCUGCUGUCGGGCAGGGACUCUGCUCUCCAGCUGGCUGCAUGGGAACAUUCACAUUUUUGCAAAUAUGUGCAUUUUAUAUAUCCUGUAUUGGACACUAGAGCUUUCUUUUACUUCUCUUUUAUAGUCCUGCGCUUCUACUGGCAGAGUUACUUUACUUCAAAGAGUUCUGCUGGGGAAGCAACACAGCUGGGAUUUUUCCCUUACAUCCCUCAGUGUGAUGGCCUGGGAAACUGGGAGCCAGUUCAGUGCUAUGAGAGCACAGGUCAUUGCUGGUGUGUGGAUGAGAGAGGUCGUUAUGUCAUGGAUUCCUUGGUCUCACGUUCAUCGGAACUUCCCAAAUGCCAGACUUCAUGUCAGCGAUCUCGAGCCAAUGCCCUAAUUUCCAGCUGGAGACAGAGCAGUGCAAAGCUGGACACCUCUACAGCUGAUCUGUUCAUCCCCAGCUGCCUCGAGACAGGAGAAUACACUGUGCUGCAGAGAUCUGACACAGAUAUUUGGUGUGUGGAUCCUGUGUCAGGAGAAAUAUUCCAGCGUGGCAGCAAAGGCUUGGAUGGCAAUCCUGAGUUCUUUAGGUCAGUUUGUUGUCUUCUAUUCUGUAUCUUGCAAAGAAUCUCUCUCGUUGAAGGUCCCAGUUUGUGUAGCAUGCUGAAGUCCAAAGCGGUUUCACGAGAAGCUGCCAGAGGAGACAUCCCCCAGUGUGAAGGGGACAGGGGGAGCUUCUCCCCUGUGCAGUGCAGCCAGGAGCAGGAGAGCUGCUGGUGUGUCUUUGCCAAUGGAGAAGAGGUGCCAGGGACACGAGUCAACGGGGCAAGACCCGAAUGUGCAAGUCCGCAGUGUGCUCUGCCUUUCGGUGCCUCAGCAGUUGCCAACGGGGCUGUGCUUUGUGAAACCAUCUCUGGGCAAGCUCCAGGCAUCCAGCAGUGCCAGCUCGUGUGUCGCCAGGGCUUCCACAGCGCCGCUCCCAGCUCCCCAUCCCAGUGCGACGCGCGGCAGCGGCGCUGGGUCUCGGCUGCCCCUCUGCCCCAGGCCUGCCAGAAGCUCCAAUUAUUUCAGACAGUCCAAGCUCAAACACACUUCCAACUACGCCUGCCUCCUGAGAAGACAUGUAGUUCUGACUACUCUGGAUUACUCCAGACAUUCCAGAUAUUUAUUUUAGAUGAAUUGAAGGCUCGUGGUUUAUGUCACCUCCAGGUGAAUGCAUUUGGGAAAACUGGCUCAGUUUCCAUGUGUGAUGAUUCCACUGUCUAUGUCCAAUGCCUGAGCGUGGAUCGCCUGGGAGUGAACAUCACGUGGAGGACUCAGCUGGAAAACAUCCCCACAGCUUCUCUCCCUGACUUACAUGAUAUUGAAAAUGCAAUUGUUGGGGAAAAUCUCAUUGGAGCAUUUAUAAAAGAGAUUAAGGAUGGUGUUUUCCUGCUGCAUUUGGAUUCCAAGCAGUUCAUAGCAGAUUCUGUCAUUGAUUUUCCUCGGGAUGAAGAGUUUGAUUUGUCUCCCCGUGUACAGCUUGGAUGUAGAAGUGGGUUUAGAAGAAUUUCAUCUCCUGGGAAAACAGGCCCUAAUUCACAAGGAUGUGUUGUUUGUCCUCCAGGCAGUUAUUUCCAGGACGAUGAAUGCAUUCCCUGCCCUCUUGGCUACUAUCAGUAUCAGACAGGACAUUCCUUCUGUAUCAAGUGUCCUGUGGGCAAAACUACCAACUCCUAUGGGGCAACCAGUGCUGAUCACUGUGUCACUCCCUGCCAGGGCGGUGGGCAGGGCCUGCAGUGUGAUGGAGAAGGUCAGUACAGCCCUUCCCAGCAGGACCCUAGCACCCAGAAAUCCUUCUGCGUCGACAGCUUUGGAGCAGCCCUGGACUGGACUGAAACAGAGGAUCUCCUUACAGAUAAGCAGUGCUUGGUGCUCAGAAAAUUUGAAAGAGCUCCCGCCUCUAGGCUGAUUUAUGGAUCAGAAGAAGCUCAAAUUCUUCAGUCUCAGUCAUUUAAGGGAGACCUGCAAAGUACAUAUUUUCAGUGCAUUUCAGGCUGUGAGAGGGAAGAUGCCUGUGGCUUUGCAACUGUAACUCCUGCUGGUACUGAAGUGCUCUGUGAAUUAUACAGUGGUGCUGAAGCCAACUUCAACUGCACCACCUCUGGAUUGGUACGAGUGAUCAUAUUUAAAAAUAUACUUUUAUCACAGGGUUGUGUGUUCAAUGUGAGUAGACAAGAUCACAGAAGAAAGGCAGGCUGUCACCUGACCCCUUGGACAUUGCUCUUGCCUAUGGCAGUGAUAAAUCCCUGCAAGUUGGUAAAGAAGCUACACCCAGAUAUUUCCGUUCAAGGUGUCUUGGGGAACCCUGCUGCCACUGGCAUCAGUGGCCUCAGCUGCUUGCUGCAUGUCAGGAACCCAGAGGGAGAUGCACUGAUGGUCUUUUUGAAGAGAGGACGGGGAUUCCUCUCCUCUGGACCCCAGGCCCUCGAGAGGACUGGCUUCCAGAACGUUCUGUCCGGCGUGCUCCGCUCCCUGGCGCUGCCGGCAGCCGGCUCGGCCCCGACUGACGCCGGGCUGCUCUGCAGGCAGGAGUGCAGCCGCGACUCCUGCUGCGCCGGCUUCGUCCUGAGCCAGCUCCUGCUGGAUGGAGGUACCAUUCUGUGCAGCUUGCUGAGCUCCCCAGACGUGCUGAUCUGCAAUGCCAAAGGCUGGAGUCCAGCACCAGCCUCAGCCAUGGGGGAGAUGUGUAAAGGUGUGAGCUAUGAUGAGAAGGACAAGAGGUUUUCCUUCACCCUGGGAGGACAAGUGUUCAGUGGAACUUCUCAGUUGAUGGAAGAGGCAGAAAGAAAUUUCACAACCUUUCAGGAAAUUUACCUGUGGAGAGACUCUGAUAUGGUCACCCAAAUGAAAACAUCUUUGUGUGAGACUGCUGCUUUGAAGACAAAGGAUGAUCUGGUGUUAUCAGAUUCCACAAAGGAUCUUUUCUACCUAAUGGACAACAGCCAGAUACAAAGUGACCAGAACUAUUCUCUCCCUUACCAGCAGUACUGGGUCUUCAGGCAGAAGUACUCAGCUGAGGAAGCUCUGCUUUGGUGUCUCACACGCUGUGCCCAAGAGGAGGAGUUCUGUCGAAUGGCAGAUCUGCAAAGUGCCACAGACAAAUACUUUGUGUGUACACUCUAUCCAGAGGCACAGAUUUGUGACAGCAACAUCAACCAAAUACCAGGAAACUGUGCAACUGUGCUACCCUGGCAGCCACAAACACUGUACCAUAAAAUAGUCACUCUUAAAAGUUCUGUGAAGAGCUUCUACACACGUGUACCAUUCCAGAAAGUAACAGAAAUCUCAGUAAGGAAUAAAACUGACAUGAGCAGAAAAGCUGUUUCAGAUGGGUUUUUUGAGUGUGAGCGUUGGUGUGAUGCUGACCCCUGUUGCACAGGAUUUGGCUUUUUUAAUGACUCUCAGCUGUCAGGUGGAAAGAUCGUGUGCGUGACUCUGAACAGCCUUGGAAUCCAGACCUGUGCCGAGGAAACACGAAGUUCUUGGCACAUUUCAGAUUGCAGUUCACCAGGUGCUGAAGUCAAAAUACAUCCAUUUGGCUGGUAUCAAAAGCCUGCUGACUUGAAGAGCACCAUUCCCAACCUGUGUCCACCUGUUAAUGUACCUUUCAGGCCAGAAAGUGGUAAGUGUAUUUAUGAAUUAAACAAAACCAAAACCANAAACAUCUCCCCCAAAAAGUAUAUGGAUGCAUGGCAACCCUUAAAUGUGUCAUCUGUUCUCAUGGAUUCAUCCAUCUCACACUUUGAAGUUGUGCAUGUUAGCAGAGAUAUAUCUAAUGACUUCUCCUUGGCGAGAGAUUUUUGCCUUUCUGCUUGUUCAAAGAACCAGUCAUGUGCAGUAGUUACACUGGAAAUCCAGCCUUCAGCCAUAAGGUGCAUUUUCUACCCUGAUACACAGAUGUGUGCACAUGGCCUGCAAGGGCACAGCUGCUGGGUUUUACUGAAAGAACCUGCUGCCUACAUCUACAGGAGACAAGGUGAGAAUUUACUCCUGCCCAUUUCCGAAUCGGAUUCAACCCCAAGAGUGUACAUCCCGUCCCACGGGUAUCUGAUGGGCAAAUCCCAGGUGAUCCACAUUGGCUCAGGGUGGAGGAACAUCAGCCAGUUCCUGGGGAUCCCCUACGCUGCCGCUCCGCUCGGCGAGAGGCGCUUCCGUCCCCCAGAGCCGCCUGCUUGGCUGGAGGCCUGGAACGCCACCGCGGCUCGGGCAGCAUGUUGGCAGCCAGGAGACAGAGAGGCCCCAUCACAGUCUGUCAGUGAAGACUGCCUGUAUCUACACAUCUUUGUUCCUGCCACCACUGUCAAAAACAUGUCAGUGUUGGUGUUCUUCCACAAUGGAGGGAGUUACAAUGCUGAGGAGGGAAAGACAACCCUGGAUGGGUCAUACCUGGCUGCCAUUGGUAACGUCAUCGUCGUGACGGCAAACUACCGGGUCGGUGUCUUUGGCUUCCUGAGCACUGGCUCUGCUGAGGCGAGUGGGAACGCUGGGCUGUGGGACCAGCUGGCAGCUCUGCGGUGGGUGCAGCAGAACAUCGCCAGCUUCGGCGGCGACCCCGGCCGCGUGUCGCUGGGAGCCGAGCGCGGCGGGGCCGACGUCGCCAGCGCUCACCUGCUCACGGACACGGGCGCAGACCUCUUCAGCAGGCUGCUGCUGAUGGGAGGCUCAGCUUUUUCUCCAGCAUCCAUAAUUACUACCAGGAGGGCACAGACCCAAGCAGCAGCCCUGGCUGAAGAUGUGGGAUGCCCUUCAUCCACCAGUGAGGAAAUUGUAGCCUGCCUUCGUCAGCUGCCUGCUCGUGUCCUCAAUGAUGCUCAAACUAAGCUGCUAGCUAUAAGUGGCCCAUUCCAGUACUGGGGUCCAGUGAUGGAUGGAAUUUACCUCCGGGAACCUUUGGCUAAAGCCCUGCAGCGCCCUCGGCUUCGGAAAGUAGAUCUGCUCAUUGGAAGUGCUCAACAAGAUGGUCUCAUCAGCAGAGCCAAGGCAAUUAAGAAAUUUGAAGAAAGUCAAGGAAGAGCCAACAGCAAAACAGCCUUUUAUCAGGCUCUGCAAAAUUCACUAGGAGGAGAAGAGUCCAACUCAUUAAUUGAAGAUGCAGCUACGUGGUAUUACUCCCUAGAACACUCAACUGAUGAUUAUUCAUCCUUUUCCAGGGCGUUGGAAAAUGCCACCCGUGACCAGUUUAUCACAUGUCCCAUCAUAAACAUGGCGAAUUACUGGGCUGCUGCCUCUCAAGGAAAUGUCUUCAUGUACCAUGUACCUGAGAAUGAAGGCCAUUAUGCUGUGGAGUUCCUGUUGGAUGUUCAGUAUGCGUUUGGUCUACCCUUUUACCCAAAGUAUGAAGAACAAUUUACUGAUGAAGAAAAGGGCCUUUCCUUGCAAAUUAUGCAGUAUAUCUCCAAUUUCAUAAACUCUGGAAAUCCAAACUACCAGCACAGUUUCUCAAGAAGAAUGCUGGGGGUGAUGCCUGCCUGGCCUAUGUAUCUGUCAAGUGAUGAUGGAGAUAACUACAAGGAAUUCACUGUUUCUCUGCCGACUCUUAAAGGACUGAAAAAAGCAGACUGUUCCUUUUGGUCUGAUUAUAUAAGAAGACUGAAAGCAUCCACAGGAAGUGCAAGUGGUGGAGAGCCUGGUGAAACUCCAAGUGAAGUUACCUCCCUGGAGAGCCAGCCCCUGGGGGAUGAGGUGUCUUACAGCAGAUAGGGAAUCACAGGGCUGUGGGGUGGCUUUGCCACACAAUUGUGCAUCCACACAUCCAUCUCACACCAGAUGAACAACCCUUCCUUUAGUUAACUUUCUCAAUUCUUUAAGUAACUUUCUCAAGUCAAUUAGACCUUUCAAUAAAGUAGUUUUCAAGAAAAUUUAUUAAUAUGGCACAAAAUAAGCACUACAGCUAUUGUUUUAAAUGAAAAGAGACUGUAAUUUGAAAAAAAAAAUAAAGUAUCAAUAAAAACUGCAAAACCAAGCCAAA